AUGGGGCCAUGGCUUCUGGGACGCCUUCUCUUCGUGUUGCUGCUGGGACUGUGGUGGGCAGUGCCUCCCCUUUGUGCUUUGCCUGAGGGUCUCACCAGGGCUCGAUGGUUUGAAAUUCAGCACAUACAGCCGAGGCCUCUCCCGUGUAACAAGGCGAUGAGUGUUGUCAAUAGUUACACCCGGCACUGUAAGCCUGAAAACACCUUUCUGCACACCUCCUUCCAGGAUGUGGCUGCUGCCUGUGAUUCGCCAAACAUCACCUGUAAGAAUGGCCAGAACAAUUGCCACGAGGAUCCGAAGCCCGUUCACCUGACUCAGUGCAGCCUCACUGGGGGGAGGUACCCUGACUGCCGCUACCGAGAGGCUGCCGAGUACAAGUGCUACAUUGUGGCCUGUGACCCCCCUCAGAAGGGCGACCCUCCCUAUGCGUUGGUUCCUGUGCACUUAGAUAAGGUUGUUUGAGGUUUCCAUCACUUUCAUUCUCACUUGGCACAAAUUCUCUUAUGAUCUUUUCUGAUUUUUCUUUGCUUUUGUUGAUUUUCCUGAUUCCCAGAGAAGGAAAAGGGAGGGCGUUGGAAGAAUUAGAGUGACGAUAUCAGGCAGUUUUCUGCUUUGGAGCUCAGUGAUUUGAAGGAAGACAGAAGGGAAGAGGGCAAAGAAGGGUCCAGGCCUCCGUAUUUUCAGCUGUAGAACUUUGCUGCGUUACAGGAGAAAAGCAAUUUUAAUUACAUGUGUACGUGUGGGAUCCCUACAAUUACAUGAGACUCAGAAGACACGGGAAACCCUGGGUGGGGGGUGGGGGGGGCUCAGGGUCCAUGUCUGCAGCAGCGUCCCGAGACCAGGCCUGGGGCCUGGAGGGUUGUCCUGGCUUAGAGAUGCCAUGUUUCCCAGGGAAAAUGAGCUAAGUAGACAACCCAAUACAUGUCUUCUACCCACAGGGUGUGGGAAAAGAAAUUGAGUAUCAGGUCAGAAGACAUUGCAUUUUUCAAAUGUCAUACUUACUAGAGGAUGUGAGGCCAGUAAAAACAUUAUGCCUCUCCUUCAGCUUUACUUCCUGCCUUAGUUGGUACUUUAACUGUUUCCAUUGGGGAAAAGAACUGUACAGUCAAAAAGAAUUUUAUUGAUAAAUUCAAUAAAGUGAAUAUUUUUGCUUAA